AUCAACCUCUUUCAAUUACCCAUGAUAUAAUCACUUUCCCAAUUCAAGAACCCUCUUUCAAUACAGACUCUUCUCCUUCCUCUGGCGAUUGAAAAAAAAAUUCCCCCUUCAAUUCCUUAAUCCCCCAUCUAUAAAAUGAUGACCUUGCAUCUCCAAUUUCUCACACCUCAACCAAAAACUUCUUUAAUUCUCAUAAUCUUCCAAUUUCAAUGGCUUCACCAAACUCAGCCAUGCUCAACCUCCAAAAAAAUUCAACACCAAGAAGGCCAAGUCCUACCCAAUUUUCAAGCUAUGAUGAAAAACCCUUAUGGAACCAUGUCACGGUCAUCGGGAACCCGACUAGUGGUGGUAACAGAAAAUGGACCUGAACUAUUGUCACAAAUUAGUGACAGGUUCAUACACAAAAGUGAAAAGCCAUCUUUUGGGUUUAUCUGGGAAUGGUGUUGAAGGAUGCAAGACAAUCUCGGAUCAAGUUAAAGCUCAACUACAAAGGGAGCAUGACAAAGCUGAGAAUUUGAAUGCUAGGAAAGCCAUGGACACAGAGGAAGCUCGAAUAUGCAACACUGCCUCCUGGUUCAGAUUUAAAACAACAAAAAAAGAGCAAAAAAAUACAUUGGAGGUAUGUUUUAAUGCUGCUGGCAGAUAUGAGUUAGAUAAAGAAUGUGCUCGUAUGUUUUAUGCCUUUGCCCUUCCAUUUUCACUUGUUAAAAAUCCGUAUUUUCGUCAAUUUGUAAGCAAAUUGGCAAACAGUAAGUGUGUUGGGUAUGUUCCUCCUACAUACAACAGGAUGAGGCUUUCUUUACUUGAGCAAGAGAAAGCACAUGUGGAUGCCCUUCUUCAGCCUUUUCGGGAUUCUUGGAAGAAAAAGGAAGUAUCUUUGUGUUCGGAUGGAUGGACCGAUAGGCAGAAGAGACCUCUCAUCAAUGUCAUGGCUGCAUCAGGAUAUGGCUCUAUGUUUCUUAAAUGUUUCGACGCAAGUGGGAAUACGAAGGACGCGGAGUAUGUAGCUAGUCUAUUUCAAGAGGUCAUUGAUAAGGAAGGGGCUCACAAUGUUGUUCAGAUUAUCACUGACAAUGCUGGAAAUUUUAAGGCAGCAGGUUUGGCACUAGAAACGAAAUACCCUCAUCUUUUUUGGACACCAUGUGUCGUGCACUCUGUGAAUUUGGCCCUCAAGGCAAUAUGUGAACCACCUGUGAACUCAACCCAAUAUGACCAAUGUAAGUGGAUUUCCUCAUUAAUGUCUGACUGCAAUGCAAUUGUCAAUUUUGUUUUAAACCAUGGGAAAGCACUUGAUAUUUUCCAUAGUUAUUCUAAGCAUAUGUUGGUUAAAGUAGCUGAAACCCGAUUUGCUUCACACUUUAUCAUGGCUGAGCGUCUAUUUUUAACUAAAAGUGCUUUAGAGAAAAUGGUCUUGAAUCCUGAUUGGAAAACGUUUAGGAAAACGGCAGUAGAGGAGAAAGCUGACCAUGUUAAAGAAUGUGUUAUUUCCGACAGAUGGUGGGACAAGGUUGAGUAUGUUUUAAGUUUUACAAACCCAAUUAACAAUAUGAUUAGGAAAGGUGAUUUGGAUGCCCCAUGUUUGCAUUUGAUUUAUGACAUGUGGGAUUGUAUGAUCGAACAAGUGAGGGAGAAAGUGUUUGAACAUGAGGGUUUAGAUGCCAUUACUGGAAAAUCUUCAUUUUUUGAUGUGAUUCAAGGGGUUUUAGAAUCUAGGUGGAACAAGAGCAACACUCCACUUCACUCCACUUCACUGUAUGGCUCAUUACUUAGUCCCUAAAUAUUAUAGUGAGUCGUGGCUGGAAGGUGGUUCAGGAAUUGUUCCAAGGGUGGCACCCAAUGUAAACCAAGAAGUCUCUUUGAAUAGAGACAAAUGCUUUAAGAAAAUGUAUACAAACCCGGACGACCUUAAGAAAAUCUAUGCUGAGUACGGUCAGUUUUCGGGGACCUUGGGUUUUUUUAGUGAAGCCCACGUGAUGGAAGCAAGGGAUACUGAAGACCCCUUGAGUUGGUGGGCCAGUUAUGGUUCUUCAACACCCUUACUGCAAGCUUUAGCAUUCAAAUUGCUGUCCCAACCUGCUUCUUCUUCUUGCUGUGAAAGAAAUUGGAGUUCUUUCUCCAAUAUCCAAAGCAUAAAGAGGAAUAGAUUGUUUUCCAGUAGAGCUGAAGCGCUUGUGUACGUCCAUACCAAUCUGAGAAUGAUUUUUAAGAAGAAAGAGGAGUACAAAACCGGGCCAUCGAGCUACUGGGAUGUGGGUGGAGAUGAUCUUCUGGUUGAUAAUGAGUAUAAUGAAGCAUUUGAGAAUCUAUUUCUGGAUGACCCUGAUAUUGAAGCAACCUUUUUCAAUGACGAAGAAGAGGUUUGAUCGUUGGAGGCUUGGUUCUGAGGUUGAAGUUGAGAUGCUGACUUGCUGAGCAGUGAAGGAAGUUGGAGCAGGGAAGCUGCUUAUGCUAUUUUCUGAAUUUUAACUCUUUAUUUUAUGUUUUAUUUUUCUGUUGGAUUGAAUAUUUGGGAUAUUGAAGUGUUUUACUCCAAAUAUGGUAUUUGGAGGUUUUUUUUCUAAAAGUUUGAAGGCAUGUUAUGGAAUCCACUAUUUUGAUUAAUAUGAUUGGAAUAUUUUGUGAC